AUGGAAUCCCAAGCUUUUGUGGCACUAGUAGCUGGUGUCACAGGGAUGGCUGGGCUGAGUCUAACCCAAGCCCUCAAGCAGCCCAACUGUCCCGGAGGCCCAUGGAAAGUUUACGGCGUCGCUCGCAGGCCCCCGCCCAGUUGGUUCCCUCCUUCCACAGUCGACCACUUCAUCACCUUUGACGCUGUCAACUCUUCCGACACACGCGCCAAGCUUUCACCGGUUGCGAGUGAAGUCACUCACCUAUUCUGGAUCAGCUUGCAGAUUCGUGCAGAUGAAGAAGCCAACGUGAGAAUCAACGAAACCAUGCUCCUCAACGUUCUCAGCAUCCUCAAAUCUUGCACACCUUCAAAGCUCGCCCAUGUGACAGUUCAAACCGGCACCAAACACUACAUGGGCCCAAUUUUCGAUCCACUCCUCUCCACCAAACUCAUCUCCCACGACCCACCGUUUCACGAGAACAUGGCGAGGCUCCCUUACCCCAACUUCUACUACGCGCUCGAGAAUCUCGUUGCAUCUUUCGUGUCAUCGCUCACGUACUCAGUGCACCGCUCCUCUAUUAUAAUAGGAGCGUCGUCCAGGAGUAUAUACAACUCCCUGCUCACGCUAGCAACCUACGCUGUGAUUUGUCGCCACGUGGGAUUGGCGUUUCGGUACCCGGGGACGAAGUACACGUGGGAGCAUUUCUGUGACAUGACCGACGCCGGAGUGUUGGCGCAGCAGCACGUGUGGGCUGCGGUUUCCCCUGAAGCUAAAAACGAGGCAUUCAAUUGCACAAACGGCGACGUUUUCACGUGGAAGAGCGUGUGGAAGUUGUUGUGUGAAGUUUUCGAUGUGGAGUUUGUGGCGUUUGACGAAACGCAAAGGUUUGAUUUGGUGGAGCUGAUGCGUGAUAAGGGUUGCGUUUGGAAGGAGAUCGUGGAGAAAUACGAGCUUCACAACACCGUAUUGGAGGAAAUAACCUGCUUUGACGCCCUACAAGCGGUGCUACGUUUUAAGUUUCAACAUGUAUCUAGCAUGAACAAGAGUAGAGAAUAUGGAUUUCUUGGUCAUGUUGAUACCUUCAAGAGUAUCAGAUUUUGGGUGGAGAAACUCAGAGAGAUGAAGAUCAUACCAUCGUAUCAACACUGAACUG